CCAGYCAAACUGAUGAGCAUUUAUCAACAAACCAAACCGAAAGUCUGGUUUCCAAGUCAGUCCAAACAGAAGUUAUUUGGAUUGAUGAAAAUGAAGAGCUAGUUUUAGUGUCAUCUCAUACACCCAAGCUUCACUCUACUACACUAACAAGAGACACAGAGCUGAAUGAAAACAUGGUACUUGAUGUUGAUUUACUUGAAGACAUUGAUUACAUAGAAUUAAGUGAUGAUAGUGAUGAUGACAUACAGCAACCAAGCAACAUUGAAGUCAAUGAAGACACUUUUCAGGCCAAUCAUGGUUCUUAUUCUGAAGGAGAUGAAGAUGACCAAGAUAUUUCUGAAAAUGAAAAGGAUUGCUUUUCUCCUGAGAACCAGCAUCAACCUUCACAAGAUGACACUGAGCUGUUCAUAUGUUUCAAGUGUAACUUGGGGUUCAAGUGUGAGAGGCACUUGGAGAAUUAUGAAAAGAUAAUACACAAUGGAACAAAACCUUUUAAAUGUGACUCUUGUGAUAAAGUGUUUGCCCAUAAGAACAGUUUAAAGAUUCACAAAGAAGCACACAAGAAUAAAGUAAGCAGCAAUCUAGAGAGAAGUGGUGUACUGCAUCAUGCAAAGAAACAACAGUCAAUUCAAACAACAGAGAAGUCAUUCAAAUGCACAAUAUGCCAUAAAACCUAUAAACAAAAAGGGUACCUGAAACUCCACAUUCAAAUACACAGAGGAGAGAAAGAAUUCACGUGCAGUAUCUGCAGGAAAACGUUUUCAAGUAAACGCAGUUUAAAUGUGCACCAUCGAAUGCAUAGUGGAGAGAAACCAUUUAAAUGCAACAUCUGCAACAAAGCUUUUAGACAACAGCAUCAUCUAAAGAGUCAUGCCAAUGCACUGCACAGUAGAGAUACUGGAGGAAAACGAUUUAACUUAAAAACACACCAACAAACCCAUCAUGAAAACCAUAGUGCAAGUACAAGUAAGCAGCAACUGCAGAUACAUCGUGAAAGCCACAGUGAAGUGAAUUCAUUCAAAUGCACAAUAUGCAAUAAAGCCUUUACAAGAAAGACUUCCUUGCUGACCCACAAAAUCAUCCACAGUAACAAGAGGCCUUUUAAGUGUACAAUCUGUGACAAGGCAUAUAAACGUAAGGAUCACUUAAAAAAUCACAAUGAACGAACCGGUCACUGUGCAGAGAAACCAUUCAAAAGAAACCAGAAUUUACAGACUCAUGAUAGAAUUCCUGAUAAACAGAAGCCCUUUGAAUGCACAGUUUGCAAGAAAGCCGUUACAUCCAAAAAGAACUUAGAGAUCCAUUAUCGAACACACAGUGGAGAGAAACCAUUUAAAUGCACAAUCUGUAGUAAAGACUUUGCAGCUAAGUCUAACUUAGAGAGGCACUAUCGAAUCCAUACCAGGGACAAACCUAAUACCAAUGCACUAUCGCAAUAGAACUUUUGCAUGGAAGCAGUAGUGACCCAUCAAUGAAUUCACUAAAGUAAGAAAAAUACUCGUAAACCUAAGUCUAUGUAGAACCUAAUUCAAACCGAUUAAUUCGU